CUAGCGCUGCGACUCCACUGGAAGCGGCUCUCCGGCUCAGACUCCCCGCAGGAGGACCAGUGGGCGGACCGGUGUGAGGAAAGUUGACAGAAACCAGCAGCAGGAAUCCCGCCGAACUCCGCGGAACCGACGCUUUCUGACGGUAAACAGCUCUCCGACAGCCGCUAACGGAAUAAAAGGAACCGCGAAAACGGAGGACAAGGUGCGGACUCAGCGGCCACAGGUAGCCCCAGCUGUCUGGAGGGUCAUGCGGCUCUCUGAGCUGUGAACCGCCGCAGACGAAGAGAACGAAGCCGCCACCAGAGGGAGGACCGACGGACGGAGGAGGAGAGCCAGCAUGUCCCGGAGAAAGCAGAGCAAACCCCGGCAGAUUAAGCGUUCCCACGGGGAUCUGGACGACGGAGAGGAAAACACAGCGGACACGCCGAGCCUCUCAGGCGAGGAGGGCGGAGCCUCGGAUCCAGAGGACUCGGCAGAAGGAGACAGCUGCAGCCCGCCAUCGUACACGGCGCUCUACAACGAAGAGUCGGGGACGCAGGACUCAGGAGGAGGACCCGACGAUGACGAUGGCGAAGGGGAGGAGCCGGCUGCUGUGCAGAGCGGCGGCGAGGAGGAGGAGGAAGGGGAGGAAGAGGAGGAAGUGUUACAGUGGAGAGGUCCAGAUGAGCUGCAGCUGAGCGAUGAAGAUGGUGCCGGCGGCGUGGUGGCGGUCAGAGACCUGCAGCCCGACACCGUCUGGGGCCCGGUGCCAGGAAUCCUCCAAUCAGACGGCAGCACAGAGAACUCGGCGCCGACUCUGCUCUGUGAACAGGCGGACUGCUGGAUUAACCGCCUUCCUCUGACCUCUGACCCUUCGGCUGCCAACUGCAGCAUCUACAGCCGAGGUGAGGAGCUGUUCUGUAAGGUCACCAGAGAGGUCAUGGCCGGUGGAAAGCUCCUAGCUUCUCUGUCGCCGCCUCCGCCUUCCUCUUCCUCCUCCUCCUUGGCGGCCCAGCUGUCCCCUCCACUGCAGCCGGCGGUGAAGGAGGAGCCUCUGUACCCGGCGGCGCUGCGCUCCGACAUCCAGCUGCUUCCCCAGCAGGCCGGCAUGGCGGCCAUCUUGGCGACCGCCGUGGUCAACAAGGAUAUUUUUCCGUGCAAAGACUGUGGGAUCUGGUACCGCAGUGAGCGGAACCUGCAGGCCCACCUCAUGUACUACUGCGCCAGCCGGCAGAAGCAGCCGGCUGCGGCCUCUUCGCCCCCGCAGGACAAGCCCAAAGAGUCGUACCCCAACGAGCGCAUCUGCCCGUUCCCACAGUGCAACAAAAGCUGCCCCAGCGCCAGCUCUCUGGAGAUCCACAUGCGCACACACAGUGGUGAGCGUCCGUUCGUUUGUCUCAUCUGCCUUUCAGCCUUCACCACUAAAGCAAACUGUGAGCGCCACCUUAAGGUCCACACAGACACACUAAACGGCGUCUGUCACGGCUGCGGCUUCGUCUCCACCACGAGGGACAUCCUCUACAGCCACCUGGUCACCAGCCACAUGGUGUGCCAGCCGGGAUCUCGCAGUGAGGUCUACUCUCCAGGACCAGGCCUUCCUAAACUGCCCCUCUCCACCGGUCUGAGCCCUGGAGACUCCGGUGUGGUGCUCAAGUGUCAGGUUUGCGGCCAUAACUCUGACUCGCCCGCCCAGCUGCAGCAGCAUGUUCGGACCCACCUGGAGGUCAGGGUCCCGGCUGAAAGGAGCCCCACUCCUCGUCAGAGCACCCCCUCGUCGGCCGAGCAGCCCCAACUGUCCCCACAUGAGAGGGAACCACUAGCCUGUGUUCCCAAACCAGAUUCAUCAAGUCCAGGAGCAAACGGGGGAUCAGCAACGCCUCGAGACUUCAGUUCUCCUGACGCUCAGAUUUCAGAGCUGAAGAUCAAGGAGGAGCCGCAGUCAGAGUCUGAGACGGAGGAGCAGCAGAUGGAGAUGAAAGAGGAUGGGGAGGAGGAGGAGGGUGGCGGUGGAGAGGAUCCGGAUCAAGAAGUUCGAAAGACGACAAAGGAAGAGAUAACCAUGUCCUCUUCCUGUCAGACAUCAAACUCUCCAAAGAGUCCCCCUAACCCAACCGUCAAGGCCGAACCAACCAGUCCCACACCUGGUUCCAGUCCUGCCCACGUUGGAGGAACAGGUUCAGGCGUCGCAGGAGGAUCAAUCUUCCUUCCCCAGUACAUGUUCAACCCUGAAGCAGCCAUCCUGCCACAGGCAUCAGAGAUCCUGGCAAAGAUGUCCGAGAUGGUCCACAGUCGGCUGAAACAGGGCCAGGCGGUUGUUCAGAGCAACCCGGCCGCCUUCUUCACCUCUGGACCUACCGCGACUGCAGCUGCAGCCACUGCCACUCCACCCCAGAAAGGAGCCACCUGCUUUGAGUGUGACAUCACCUUCAAUAACAUCAACAACUACUAUGCACAUAAAAGGCUUUACUGCUCCAGCAGACACCAGGGAGAGGGUGCGAGCUCGGCCUCAGGGUCUGGAGUCUCUGCGCCAGCAGCUUCUGGCGGACUUCCCAGCUCGUCUCCUCAGAUCGGCGCAUCAAGCAGAGCUGCAUCCGUCUCUCCAACGAACUCUGAGCCUCCUGCAGGAACCGGAGUGGCAGAAUCUAAGAGGGUGGUUGAGGUAAAGACAGAAACUCCUGCAGGGAAAGAAGGAGUGUCGUCCUCUUCAGAGGGUGAAGGUGGUGGAGGAGGAAGGGCAAGCGAAGGCAGUCAAAGUCCUGCCAGCGGUUCUACAGAGGACAUGGAAGACGACCCUAACAAAACCUUCUGCGAGGCCUGCAACAUCCGCUUCAGCCGUCAUGACAACUACACCAUUCACAAACGGUUCUACUGCGCGUCUCGCCAUGACCCAUCCAACCACCGGGCCACCCACAUGUCCAAGACCUCCAACACCGCGGCCUUCCUCCCUCAGCCCAUCCGCACUCGCAAGAGGAAAAAGAUGUACGAGAUCCACAUGGCUCGAACAGAGGCGCUAGCUAAUGCCGCCGCUGCUGCUGCCACCUCCGGGGCUUCUGCUCCCUCUCCCUCCGUUCUGGGUUUGGUGGUGAAGCAGGAAGUCUCUCCCGGCGGUGCGGGUGGCUCCAGCCCCGAAGGAGAUGGCCCCAUAGACCUGAGCAAGAGACCUCGUUUGAGGGAGACUCCUCGGCACAACAGUGGCGGCGGUAUUCUCCCGGCUCUUCCUCUUACCGAUUACCACAAGUGCACCGCCUGCAGCAUCAGCUUCAACAGCAUUGAGAACUACCUGGCCCAUAAGACCUACUACUGCCCGGCCACCACUCUGCAGCCCCACACCCUGGAGCAGCUUCACAGGCUCAAGAGGUCGGCCUCCACUUCCCCUAAGAGCAGACCCCAACAGGAGCGGCUGGACCUCCUCCAUCCUGCUGAGGCUAAAGCUUUGCCUGCUGAGUGGGUCACCCAGGGUCAAGGGGCAUCCCCCAGCCCGCGCCCCUCUGCCUUACCCGCUUCUGGUGCUGCAUCUCCCUCGCAUGCAACACUCGCAGCCACUCCAGGAGCCGGAGCUAAAGGAGCGGCUGCCAGUUCCUCCCUAGCGGUCUGCCCGUACUGUCCGAACCGACCCAUCACCUGCGACCUGGUGGAGCACUUCAAGACCACCCAUGGGCUGGUCUUAACCGUUCAGCCUCCGCCGGAGACCCCGCCGCGGCCCAGCAGGGCGGUCAGCCGCAGCCCAAGCCUCAGUCCCAGGGAUGAGGUCACCGGCGCCACCACCCCCACCAAGCAGGCCAAGAUGGCCUCCCGUGUCCACAGAGACAGCGUUAACGGACAGACCUGCAGCGGCGCCGCUUCCCCUGCGUCCCCGCAGGUGAACGGCAGCCCGUCAGCAGGGGGAGGAUCGCCUUCUUCUGCCUCGCCCCUGCCCGUGUCUCCGCCCCGCGCCCCCUCUCUAACUGUCUCACCCGUGCCUGAAGCUCUGCGGGAGAAGGUGGCGCCCGUCCACCUUCCCGAGAGCACGGCAUCCAAUCCCAUCGCCGGACCCAAAACGGCGGUAAUCUCUCCGGUCCAGAACGGUAACUCCCGCUUCUGCCGGCUGUGCAACAUCAAGUUCAGCAGCCUUUCCACGUUCAUAGCUCACAAGAAAUACUACUGCUCCUCCCACAGCGCUGAACACGUCAAGUGAGCUCUCUAAUCUCUCUUCUUCCCCGUCUCCCGUGUCUUUCUGAGUGGAUUGAACGCAGAGAGGCGCCCCCUGCUGGAGGAACCGACACGGAUGACUGUUACGUCCCAUCCUCUGCAGGUGGUGUUACGAACUCAGUGGUUUCGUCUCCAGAUGGGUCAGUUUUCACACACUAAGAGCUGAGACACGUCCUCUUCACCUUCCCGACCUGAACGGAGGGAUAUUUCAAACAGACUCAAUCGUUGUUAAUGUUUUUAUUCUCUGUGCAUAAUGUAUGAUGUCUGAAAAACAGAAAUCUAUGAUA